UGCGCGGAAUAAAUGUGUGUGUAGUGUGUCGAGCUCAGUACGCGAGUUUUCGCCAAACGACUAGCUCUUCUAACGAGCGCUACGAUGAUGAUUGGGAACAGGUAAAACAUCAUUUUUAGAGGAGGUGUCUACAUUUUAUAAACGACAGUCAUAAUACGUAUCACACAUUGGAUAUAUGCAUAAUAAUAUAUUCAAAUAUAGUUUGACGGAUAUAUUAAUAGAAUCGUGUAUGUGGUGUGUGUAACAGAAACGAAUUGCACGCGAAUGUGUGUGCGUGUAUUGUUAUUAUUUUUUGGAAAUUAGUUCGUAAAAAUGCAACACGUUAAACCGUCCGCAAAAGGCGACCCGCUAUGUCCGCUUGGAUUCCACCCACAAGUUCGUUGGCCAACCAAAUGCAAACGAUGUUUCAGGGACUAUAAAGAUCAUUCUAACAGAAAUAAAGAUAAUGGAAAGUCAUCACUUAGAAAAGAUGAUACUACACUAUCGACCCCAUCUUUAAAUAACGAGGCAAAUGAAUCAAUAAGUUUAAAAAAUAUAUCAUCAGAUAUGAUAACAAACAAUAGUGGAAACUACGUUAAAAUAGACAAAGGUUGUGGACCUAGUCAAAAGACUACAUCAUGGACAUCAACGCCAGACUUGACAACACUUUCAGAUAGUGUUACAUCCCAAGUUAAAAAAUUAGAAGAUAAUGAACAACAAGAAAUUCCAGAAUACACGGUUCGGAGAAGAACAAAUCUUUCACGCAAGGAUUCUGUGGAUGUAGAUAGUCCAAGAAAUAGUUACAAUGGAGAUAUCGCCCAAUAUACACCGGUGCAUAUGAAAUCAAUGCCAAAUGAAAAAAAUAUGUAUAAUGAUGAUGAAGAUACUAUUAGUUUAGCUGACUCUGAUACUACAACUGAUACUUAUGCUACUAUUAUAAAUGAAGAAGAUUUACAUGACCAAGUAAUGCAUUUAAAAGCUGAAUUAAAAUUGACCAAAGAAAAAUGUGAAAAAGCAGAACGAGAAAAAAGUGAUAUUUUACUAAGACGGCUAGCGUCUUUGGAUACUACACCGACAUCUCGUACAACAGCUUCUGAAUUAUUGAAGCACCAACAAAAGAUAAAUGAUUUGAAAUCUACUUGUGAUAGUCUCAGUGAUGAAAAGAGAAUUCUUACACAACGUGUUCAUGAAUUAGAAAUUGAGCUGAAUAAAAACAAGAAUAUUAAAAUGAAGUCAGAUGAUAUUCAGUUGGUUCGUUCUAAGUUAAUAGCUGCUGAAACUAAAAUUGAGGAUUUGACAGAAGAAAACAAUGAUUUAAAUAAAGAAAUACAUAAUAUGGAGCAAGAGAUGAGAGAUAAUUUUCGAGAGGAACAAGACAAUGAAUUUAUCAUGCUAAAAAGAGAAUUUGACCAAGUUUCAAAAAAUUGUCGAAUUUUAGCAUUUAAAUUAAAAAAAGCUGAGAGAAGAAUGGAAGAGUUGGAUAAUGAAAAAAUUGAAAAUGAAAAAAAAACUAAAGAGGUAUAACUAAGUUUUGUAAAUACUAAUAAAUAUUGUUAUUGUUAUUUAAACAUAUUUUUUUAUUUACAGUUAAUAGAACGAUUACAAGGGGAUUUAGAAAAAUCUAAAUCAAAUGUAUCACAAGGGGAUCAAAAAAAAAGACCUAUGUUGGGCAUGAUACCUAAGACUGCAUCUGGAGAAAGGGUUUCAAGAGAAUCAUUGACUCGAGGUGAUUCCCAAGAAGAUCCUGUUCAACUUCAGAGGGAUUUACAAGAUUCAAUUGAAAGAGAAGCUGAUAUGAGAGAGCAAUUAAGAUUUUCUGAAGAAGAAGCUAAAAUGUUGAGGAACAAAGUAAGUCGUUUAGAAGAAGAUAACGAGUCAAUGGUAUUGCAACUCAAGAAAAUGGCUACAAAAACAAGUAAAUAUUAAAUUAUACAUUUCUUUCAAUUAAUAACGAAAAAAAAUUGAUUUAUAGGUUAUCGUCCAACAAAUAUUGCUGACAGAGAUGAGGGAAUUUCAGAUGUUGAAGAUGCAACAGAAUUAAAAUUACUUCUUGAGCUCAGUGAACAAGAAAUUACAGUGCUAAAAAGAAAAAUAGAAGAAUUUGAAGAAGAAAAAGAUCAACUUAAAGCUAAAGUUUUAGAAUAUCAAACUAAAUUAGCAUCUAAAAAAACUUAUAAACCAAUAUCCAAACCGGCACAAACCAAGACUAAAGAGGUUAAAGCUGAUUUUGAUAAGCAGACAAAGGCUGUUAAGCAGUUGGAAGUUAAAACAAUAGACCUUGAAAACCAACUUAAGAGUGAGAGACAACAGAUUGAAAGUUUAAAAUCAAUACAUAAAAAAGAAUUAAUAAACAAAGAAGAAUGUAUAAAAAAAUUACAAGAACAAUCGACUUUUGAAGAAAAUAGAAUAGAAAAUGAAAUGAUAAUCGAACGAAAGAAUUACAAAGAUAUUUUAAACAAAUAUGAAAUUUUGCAAAAAGAACAUAUAGAUGCUAAAAGUAAAAUGACAGCAGAAAAAGAAAAACUACAAUGUUUGUUAGAAAGUAGAAAAAAAGAUGCAUUAAAAGUUGAAGUGGAGUUAAAAGCAUUGAAAGAUAAAUACAACAUUUCAAUUGAUUUAUGGAACAAGGAAAAAUUGGAAAUGCAGAACAAAUUAAAGGAUCUAGAAAUAGCUCAUUCAAAUGAUUCGUGGAUAAAAGAGAAAGAAACUAUGAAAAAGAAUUUGGAUGAAUAUUUAAAAGAAAUAAGAACAUUAAAUAAACAAUGUAGUCAGUAUAUAGAACAGAUAGAAAAACUUAAAAAAGAUAAUGAAAAUUUACAAAGGAAUUUAGAUGAUUUUGAGAAGGUUGUCAAAAUCCAACACAGUAGGUCAAUGGAGACAGAAUUAUUGGAAAAAAAUCUAAAAGACAUGAAAAUAAAGCUAUACAAUGAAGAACAAGCUAGAAAAACAGAAGUUGCUGCUUUAAAAGUACGUUAUGACAAUCGCAUGUCAGUUCUUUCUGAAGAGUUAAAGAACAGUCAGUUUCAAACACUUAGAUUCAAAAGAGAACGUGAUUCAUUUAAACAAAUAUUGGAUUCAGCAGAUUCUAACUAUCAAAAAGGAAAUUGUAAGGUUCAAAAUAAUGAUAAUCAGAAAGAAGAAUUUCACAAUUUACAGCAACAAGUAUCUUGUAUGGAAGAACAACUUUCAGAAGCAAGACUUGAAUGUUCGAGGUUGAAAACAGAAUUAGUAUCAGAAAAGUCAGCUUGGGAAAUAACAAAAUCAGAAAUGACAUCUUCUAUUAAUAAAUUGGAAGAAGAACGACUGUUAAAUUCAGGAAGAUCUAAAUUAACAGGUUUGAAGGCUAGAAUGGAGCUUGCAUGGCAAAAAGAACGUGAAGAGCAACAACGUCUUUUGCAAGAGACAUCAACAUUAGCUAGAGAUUUAAGACAAACAUUAUAUGAAGUUGAACGAGAGAGGGACAAGGAUCGUUUAGAAUCAAAAAGGCGUAUUGAUCAGCUUACAAAAAAUAUGGAGAUUGAUCAACAAGAAAAUAGGAAGAAAACUAAUGAGAUGCAAUGUGAUCUAAUGGAUUUGCGAGAUGCUCAUGCAAAGCUAAGAACAAUAAAUGAAAAAUUAAGAAAAGAAAAAGACAAAAUAGAACAAGAAUGUGAGUCUUUAAGAUUAUGCAAUGUUCGGCUAAGAACUGAUCCUCAAAUUGAGGUUAAAAUUAAUAAUUUAUCACAGUUGAUCAAAAGUUUAACUAUAAUGGUAAAUGAAAACCAUGAACUGACAAAUAAAUCUAUAAAUUCGAUAAUUGCGCCUACACCACCAGCUAGAAGAAAAUCGUCUACAUCUAGAGAAGCAUCACCAGAUUUAAAUUCCAGUCAAAUAUUAAAUAACAACAAUAAUGAACAAAUUAAACAAUUAUUAAAUAAAGUUAAUGAGAUAACUAAAGAUUUAGUAAUAAAUACAAAUCAAUCAGAUAUCAGAUCAAAACGUGCAGUAUUUGGAGUCAGGUCAUCAUCAACUGAAAAUGAUUUCCAUGAUAAGCCUCCAAUUAGAGGUAGUUUGUAUAGAAAAAGUCUUUCAUUAGAACAAAAUUUUGGGAAUACUGAUCAAGAUAUAUGGAAACGAGAUGAACGCAGCCAAUCUAGAAAUAGACUUACAAAACAACCAAAUAGUUUUGACAGCCAACAAUCAAAUAGUUCUUCCAAAAGUGAUAUAGUAAGUGGAGAAAAAACUAAAAAAAAAGGACUUUUUGGUAAACUAAAGAAAUUAACUAAAAGUUCAAAAAGCUUUGAUAAUGAUACCGAUUUGUCCUUUAAAAGCAGUUCUAGUAUUUACAAUAUUGAUGUUUCUUCUAGUAAAGAUUCUAGAGGGAAACAUAAUGAUGUGUAUAAACCUUCAACAUUACCCAACUUUAAAAAAGAGAGCAAUGUCUCCGUCAAUAUUUAGAAGAUCAGAAAGUUCAAGGACAUCUCCAUCUCCAUCAAUACGUUCAGAUGAAUAUGAAGAAAUUUCUUAGAUAAUCAUUAAAAAUAGUAAAAUAUUUGUAGUAUUUUAUGAUUGGUUGCAUGCAAGUGCAAUUCAAACUACUACAUUAAAUCAUCUAUAUUCUAUAUUAUUUAAAGUAUUACAUUCUCUAUGUAGUAUUUUACAUUUAUAUA